CUCAACUUCAUUGAAGUUUGUAACUUUGAAAACUAAAAUUCUGCAUGUGAUUGUGCUUAGUUCAACGAAUUAUCCUUGCAACGAUGCUAGCCUAUAUGUGAUGAUGAGGAUACUAAGAAUUGAUUCAACUAAUGUGCAAUGGAUCCAUCACUCCCCUUAUCACAAAAACAACAAUAUCAUGAUUCCAAGCUCCGCCUCAUGUGCAGCUACGGCGGCCACAUCAAGCCAUUCGACAACUCACUCUUCUACAUCGGCGGAGACACUCGCAUAGUCACCGUCGACCGCAACUCUUCCUUAACACAGAUCUGUUCUCGUCUCUCUCAGACACUCCUUCACGGUAGAAAACCUUUCACUCUCAAGUACCAUCUUCCCAAUGAAGACCUCGAUAAUCUCAUCACUGUUUCCACCAACGAAGACCUCCAGAACAUGAUCGAAGAAUACGAUAGUUUGUCUUCAAACCUUUCACCUUAUCCUUCUCGACUCAGAUUGUUCCUGUUUUUAUCCAAACCAGAAACCGCUGUUUCUAUGGGCAACUACGAUAACUCAGACGAUCAUGCGUGGUUUGUGGAGGCUCUCAACAACUCAGGUAUUCUGUCCCGAGUCGUUUCUGAUUCCGCUACCAUGGUUGGUAAUAAUUGCCUGCUCAACCUUGAUGAUGAUGAUCAUCAUGUUAAUACUAAUAGUACUAGUGUUAAGGAGCAUUUGAUUGAUAUGGAUUACUCGGUGCCUGUGGAAGAGAAAGACAACAUGUUUAACUAUUCUUCUAUUGCUAAGCUUUCUCCAAUAGAAGUUGAUGAUAUCAAAAGUGAAGUAUCUGAUAAAAACCAGCAACAUCAAUCUGUCUAUAUUCAUGGUCCUUCUGGUACAGGUCAGGUUCCAAUAUCAUCUUACUACCCAAUUUAUGCACCACAAUCAUACCAACAACUUCAUCAAUACCCAGUUUAUAAAACUUCAGUGGGGUCAAAUCCUGCUUUUGUUCAAAUACCUUCCAAUCAAUUUCAGCAGUAUGUAAGUUUGCCUCAAAAUCUAAAUAUCCAUCAGACUAUUUUUGGUUAUGAAUAUAGUGGAGCUAAGCAAGAGCAAGUAUACUACACACGACAACAUCAUGCAGGCACAAUUGCACCACCUCAGGACAGCAAUCCAUGACUCUAUCAGCUUCUUCUUCAGCACUACAUGUAUCAUUGUCUAAAAAAAAAUAAUAACUUUAAGACGAGUUGGACUUAUGGUUUGAACUUUGAAAUAGACUAUAAACUAUGUUGGACUUAAUUAAAUGUAUGUUUCUGAUUAUUUUUGAAAGUCUAG